AUUUCACAUCAUGGUUUUGGUGAAGUUAGGUGACUGUUGAAAGGAAGAUGUAAGCAAAAUUUUCUUGCAGUGCAAUUUAGAGUGAAACGUGACGCUUUAUAGUACUCAGAUGUAGAUAUUUGAGACCCCAAUUGGUAUCGUUUACUUCUGAGAUGUGACAGCCCACGGAUCACGAUCGAGAUGAUGCAGUGAAGGGUUGGAAGUAUUUUAGGGAGCUGUAAAAUGUUGCUAGGCUUCAACAUGAUCAAGGGAAGAAAUGACGGGUUUGAAAACAAGGGGCCGGCUGCAAACUACAUGAAUGCCAACUAUUACCCGGCUCGUGCUCCUUUGAAUUAUGCGUACGACCAUCUUGCUGCUUCUGCUUGUGCUACUGAGGAUCAUGGGGUGCGUAAGGACCAUCUGGGUGUGGAGGACUUUUCUGGCUAUAUAUUUAUGUGUAAUGGAAGAACAAAACCGGAAUGCUAUCUGUACCGUGUCUUUGGACUUCCUGCUGGAAGAAGGGAAGUUAUAGAGAUGGUCAGGCCGGGCACAAAGCUGUUUCUAUUUGAUUAUGAUGUGAAGUUUCUUUAUGGUGUAUAUGAAGCAACCACUGCUGGAAAGAUGAACUUGGAAAGGACGGCUUUUGGUGGAAGCUUUCCUGCACAGGUAAGAUUCAAUAUUUGCAAGGAAUGUCACCCCUUGUCAGAGAGUGAUUUUAAACAUGCUAUUCUAGAUAACUACCAGAAAGGCUCCAAGAAAUUUAACCCCAUUCUCAAUAGCCAACAGGUAAGCCAUUUAUUAUCACUGUUUCAUCCUCUUACCACACAAUCACCUGUCAAAUAUGACAGAUCCUAUAGAAAGGACCAAUAUCAUCCCUACCCAAGGCUGCCUCCUUCAGGCACUACAUACUUAAAUUCAAUGCGUCUCAGUCAACCCCCACAAGUGUUAGUGCCUCGGUAUGUUCCACCGGUGGUCCUAGUUCAGCAGUGGGAUGGUCGUGGAUCCACAGGAAACAUGGGUCUUUCCCAUCAUGCAGAGCACCCCGCAGUGUCCAAUGCAGGUUCACAAUCAGCAAUUCCAACUCAAUAUACUGAGGAACAGUUUCAAUCCCCAGCAAGCCUGCCUUCCUUGAAGGAUCCAAAUGCAGCCUCGAUAUACAAUGGUCUUACUUCACCACCCUUGGAGCCUCAGUAUAUUCCACCGAAUGUCAUACAGCAACAGCCUGUUAGCUAUGGAUACAUAUCAUACAUGGGCAACAUUUAUCCUGCUGUGCAACCGCAAGCUAUGCCAGCUCCAAAUCAGACAUACUAUUCUGCACAAGUUGCACACAGUUACUUGGCUGAACUACCUGUCUCACAAACACCCACAUCAUAUGAAAGCUAUCACAGUCAUGAGGCCACGCAGAAUGCAGUUCCUAAUGAUCAACAUACGAGCUUGGGGUACGGGUACAAUCAGUUACCUUCGCAGGCGGAGACUGGAAUACAGCAGGGGAAUGCUGCCAAAUACUACAGUCUCUACCAAGUGCCUACAGUCCAGUAUGUUUCAUCACCUAUACAAACACACCUCAACAACAUUGGAAGCACCUGGGCUUCCAGCAGGGACUCUUCAUCACUGAAUUCCGCCCCAACCCACUAACCUAGAGUCAACCGCUAAAUUGGAGAUCUCAAACAUGCUGGUAAAUUGAGCAUCGCAUCGCCUGGUUGUUAUCACUCCACCUAUUUAGUUCAGGUUCUUGGUUUAGAACAAUAUUUCCGUUAGUUAUAAAUAGUUACUAGGAAUGUUGCAUUAGUAUCGUAGCUCAGGUGGUAAACGCUACCAAUGUAAAACGGGUAGGCAGCUCUGGCCUUGCAGGAUGGCUGGCCUUUAAUCUUGAAGAUGCAAAAAAAUACAUUCAAACGAAUGCUUCGUGUUUAAGAUGGAAAGUACAAUUAGUAGAUGUUUCGUUCUUCUGGUGAA